CAUGGAGGAAGCUAUUCUCACACCCUGCCGAUAAGCGACCCGGACACCACUUGCCCAGGACCAUCAACCGGAUAUUGAGAGCUACAUGGUAUAAAGCAUAUCACAAGGACCUGGUCACUUGCAGUUGCACGGCAGGACUAAAGAUGAAGUGUGCUGCGACGUUUUUAGCGCUAGUGUGUCUUUUCCGCCUAGGAUCGGCACUUAAUUCCUGGCAGCUCCCGGAUCCCGCUGACCUUAAGUCAGCAAUUAAUGCCGAUCUGGACAUGGAUUGGCUUGCUUUCAAGAAGUCGUACAACAGAACAUACAACUCAAACAUACAGGAAAUGGAAAGGCGGAUCUAUUGGGAGGACUCAAUUAAGUUUAUCCAAGACCACAACAUCCGGUUUGACAGAGGGGAGGAGACGUACACCGUCGGGGAAAACGACUUUGCUGAUAUGGGUGACGAUGAGUUUCGCAGAAUGUAUCUUAGCGGUCUGAUAAUCCCUACCGAGUUGGCGCAAAAGCAGGAAGAGGACGUGGUGGAUGAUGACGACGAAAUAGAUGAGGAUCCGCCGCUCAUGGUCGACUGGAGGACAAGGGGCGUCGUCUCACCCGUGAAAAAUCAGGGACGUUGCGGCGCGUGUUGGGCCUUCUCCGCCCUCGGUUCCCUGGAAGCCGCCGUCAAGAUCAAGACCGAAUGGACCGUCCACCUCUCCGAACAAGAACUGUUGGACUGCAGCUACCUAGGCUACUAUGGUAACUACGGCUGUCAUGGCGGGUUAAUGACCAACGCCUUCAAAUACAUCGAGGAAACAGGUGGCGUAGACACGGAGGGCUGCUACAGAUACAGGGCUAAGCGCUCCAGUCAAUGCUUCCGCAAAAGUUUGUGUGCGGUAGCUCCGAUUAAAAGACACAGAAACACGCGGCGAGGGUCUGAGAGGAACCUGGCUUUGACUGUAGCCCAUAUCGGCCCAGUCUCCGUCGGCGUUGACGCCGACAGCAGAGGGUUUAAGUACUACAAAAGGGGGUUGUACUACAAUCGCUCCUGCAACAAAUGGGCCCUUAACCACGCUAUGGUCAAUGUGGGAUACGGAACUUCAGUACAUGGGAACUACUGGAUCAUGAAAAACAGUUGGGGUCGGACCUGGGGUGACCACGGCUACAUCUUUAUGGCGAAGGACAAAGGAGACACGUGUGGCAUCACAAGACAGGCCAGCUACCCCGUGCUGUAACACCGACGACACGUUUACAAACCAGAUUACUCAGUUAUAACCACUGACUGUAAUACUGUUUUGAAAUCGAAAUGUAAAAAAAAUGCCUUAAAAUGCUGUGUAAUUAUGAAAAAACACCCAUCAUUUGGAUGCAAAGAAGUGUUUGUGUAUGCAAAAACAAUCGGAAGACAUUUAAUAAGAGUGUAAACAAAGUCUGUAUGAUUGCCUUGUAUUUGAAUGUGUCUGAAUAAAAGAUAAACACCG